CUCUCUGCCAGUCGUCCUCAGACGGGUUCAGAGUGUGAGACGGGUUCAGACUGUGAGACGGGUUCAGAGUGUGAGACGGGUUCAGAGUGUGAGACGGGUUCAGACUGUGAGACGGGUUCAGAGUGUGAGACGGGUUCAGACUGUGAGACGGGUUCAGACUGUGAGACGGGUCCAGGUCUACGGGUCAGUGGAUGAUGAAGAUGAUGUUGGUUCUCGUCCUCUCCGGGCUCCUCUGUGUCUCAGCUGACGUGCAACAUAAGGACUUCGCUCUCACUGGCUGUUCAGACUCUGAUGGAGAGGACUUGUAUGCUCUGGAUGAUGAAGUGAUUUGGUACGCAGACUUCCAGAGAAGGACAGGAGUGGAACCUCAGCCCAGCUUUGUAGAUCAUAUCACCUACCCAGGAGCUUAUGAACUGGCUGAGGCUAAUCUAAAGACCUGUCAAGGGAACCUGAAAAAUACCCGUAAAGCCUUCAAGGACUUCCCACUGGAGAAGGAUGCUCCUUCCACUCCGGUCGUCUACACCAAAGAGGAAAUGGAUCCUGGAGAGAAGAACGUCCUCAUCUGUCACGUGACCGGCUUCUAUCCUGCUCCUGUGACCUUCUCCUGGACAAAGAACGGAGAGAACGUGACUGAAGGAGCCAGCAUCAGCGUCCCCUUCGUCAACAAAGAUGGUUCCUUCAACCAGUUCUCCAGACUGGACUUCAUCCCACAGCUGGGAGACGUCUACAGCUGUGGGGUGAAACAUCUGGCCCUGGACAAACCGCUCACCAGAAUCUGGGAUGUGGAGAAGCCUCAGCCCAGCAUUGGACCUGCAGUUUUCUGUGGACUGGGUCUGACUGUCGGUCUGCUCGGUGUGGCUGCUGGAACCUUCUUCCUCAUCAAAGGAAACGAGUGCAGCUGAUUGGCUGCACGACCCCUCCCCACCCAAUCAAUGAGCUGCACCGGGACAUUAGAAGGGUUUGAAAGAUGAUCACAUAAAAUUAAACGGCUUUAACUCUGUUGUGAAAAUAAGAUUGUAAUAAUUACAGAACUGCAUUCUGAAGGUUUCU